AAUCAGGAGAGAGAAGUUGUUUGGUUUUGGGCCUAUAAAGGCUUAUUUUUUUGAGUUUGUUAGGACUCUGGCUUUAAAACUAGCUCAUAUAACUCUCCAUUUUCUCAAAUUCUUGAUUCUACCUUUAUUUCAAGAUCGCUCUGUUCCAUUGAAGUUGCUGAGUUUCUUCUAUCUUCUUGUGGUGAAGAGCUUUAUGUGAUAAGAAACCCAAGGUGAUCAUAGAGGAGUUCUUCCAGUCUUUUAGAUGCAGAGAGGAAAGAUUGCUAUGAUGCAUGCUCCAUGAAUUUCGCCAACACUUACCAACAUAUGACCGUGGGCAAUAUGUCUGAGAAUUAUACACCUUCUAUUAUGUACCAGAGAAGGAAGCAGCUAGGAGACUCUGAUACUGUAUCACCUUUCCAAGUGCCAGUUGCCAGUACUUCCCAAAAUUCAAUCGGUAAUAUGUCCAAUAAUUCUUCACCUACUAUAUAUCAUCGAAAUAAACAAGGGGAACAACUAAGAGACUCUGAUACUGUAUUCUCCUUCCAAACAUCCACGAAAGCAAAUCCAACCGUUAGUACUUCUCAACAUUCAAACUUGGGCAAUAUGUCCAAGAAUUCUACACCUAUUCUCUACCAACGAAGGAAACAGAUAAGAGACUUUGAUACAGAUCGUCCUCUCCAAACAUCCACAAAAGCAAAUCCAACCAACAAUUCUCUUUCGGUCAUCAGUUCUGAAGUCCCUACAUUGGCUGCCAAUAAAACAUUGGUGGUUGAUGCCGAAGCUGCUAAAAAUUAUGAAUUUCUUCCUUUUAAAAACACAAUAGAGACGGCAUCCAGUAGACAAUCUCUAGGCAAAGAGCCUGGUUUGGUAGAAGACUCAAGAUUUAACAUGAUCAGAGAUGUAGAUGUCUGCUUGGCAAAUGAGAGCUGUUCAUCAUCAAAAUCAAAUAUGGAUAUGUGUGGAGCCAGCAUGAAGGCUAAAGGGGAUGACACUUGUGAAUGCUCUUCAUCUGAGGCAUUCAUUCAGAAAUCUAUGCGGGAUGAUUUAUCUGAAAAGGAUAUACGAAUUUUAAUUCUUAAAGUCUUGAGGUCAGAUGGAGGACCUUGCCGUAUGAGGACUCAUGUUUCUCCGGAAUUUCCAGGUUCCGGUAAUGAGUGCAGUUGUUUGCGGCAAUGCAAAGCUUGUGAUCAGUCAGAAUUCACACUGAAGAUGCUAAUCUGUGAUCAAUGCGAAGAGGCAUUCCAUAUCUCUUGCUGCUACCCCCGAUUGAGAAAGUUACCUCUCAAUGAGUGGUUGUGUUACUCUUGUUCAAAAAAGAAGCAUAAAAUACUAAAGGAGAUGGGCAGAGGUAGAUCUGCAAUUUCCAAAGGCACAUCAGGCCCUAUAGCAGCUAUGUUGGAAGACACUGAACCUUACUACACAAGUGUUCAUAUUGGCCUGGAAUAUCAAGCAGAGGUACCUGAUUGGUCUGGUCCACUCACCAGUGAGGUUCAUAACUUUGAGGAACCGCUAGAAACAAGUCAUUCUUGUAGCUUUCAAGAUGGAAAUUCAAGGAAACCUUCUAAAAUCAGCUCCAUUUGUAACUGGCUUCAGUGUCAAGAUAUUAUUUGUGGUGUUGGGGAGGGUCUUGAUGGAACUGUUUGCGGAAAGUGGCGCAGGGCACCUCUUUUUGAAGUUCAAACUGAUGACUGGGAGUGUUUUCGUUGUGUCCUCUGGGAUCCAGCUCACGCUGAUUGUGCCGUGCCACAGGAGGUGGAUACAAGUAGAGUUCUCAAAGAUUUGAAGUUUAUACAGAUGUUGAAGCCUCGGUUAGCUGCUAAAACGCAAACCAGGCUGCAGUAAGAAUAUGGAUUCCAAUGACCCUGACGAGGAUGUGAUAUGGAUUCCAAUGACCCUGACGAGGAUGUGAUGAAUACGCGCACAGUUUAAUCACCAUCUUCGUAAUUUUGUGUACUUGGUAGAUACACUUUGAGUUGUAGUUUCAACCAGGCAAUUUUGUUGGUUUAACCAGAAACUACCAGGUUGGAUGCAUGUUUAUGUUUCUUGACUCUUGAGGGUAGUAGCAGGAACAGAUCUACUGGAAAUGGAAAGCUUAACUUAUAAAUGUUGAGGGAGUUUCAUAGUUGUUCA